AUGCAAUUUCAGCAUAUAAUUUUUAUUCUGAUAUGUCUACAUAUCGAUAUAUUAAACAGUUUAAAUAAUAAUGAUAAUUCAGCAACGAAAACAAUAACAACAGAAACAACAACAACUAUAAUUAAUCCUUAUCAUCCACGUGAUCAUAUUGUUAAUCCACAUAAUUUUUCUUAUAUACUUAAUCCUGAAUAUUCUGUAUGCGAUAAUAGUUCUUCACCUGUUUAUUUAUUAGUUUAUGUACAUUCGGGUCCAACAAAUUAUCAACGUCGUGUUGUUAUACGUGAAACAUGGGCAACAAGAACAUUAUUUCCUGAUUUACGUCUUGUUUUUAUGAUUGGUAAAACACUUGAUAAUAAUGUUAUGAAAGCUAUUGAAUAUGAAAAUGAAUUAUAUCGAGAUAUUGUACAAGAAGAUUUUAUUGAUUCAUAUAAAAAUUUAACAUAUAAAGGUAUUAUGGCAUUAAAAUGGAUAUCAAUAUAUUGUUCAAAAA